CGCUUUUUCGGUAGAGUCUAUGACGACCUGCAGCAGCCUCGCCGCUGAUUCACCUCCCGCACCACCAACCGUGCAGCUCGAGUCGGAAGCGUGUUGGCUCACCUCUGCCACGAUUGAAGUUUUGCUGCGGCACAACCAAAUCUCUAGCAUGAGCGUCGAGGCGAUGGUUGCCGCCGUCGACUCAGCCUACCGCAAGCUCCCGCACGCCUUUGGCCAGAUGACGCCUCAGCGGAUCAUGGGCUUGCCCGUGGCCCAAGCCGUGCCCAUAUCGCUAAGGACGCACAUCCCGCUCUCCGCUGCGCCCCUGCUACAGACCACCAAGGCAAUGCCGCCGCCACCGUCCCCGCCGCUCUCGCCUCCGAUGUCUGUCCCCACCGCGGCGGCGUCGCGCUCGCCGUUUAAGCGCAGGCGCACCAGCCCGUCGGACGACGACCUGACCCCGCUCACGGCAGAGGAGCGGUACCGUGCGCGGCUGCUCCUGGCUGAGAAGGAGGGCCGACUGCCCAAGUACGUCGUUGCCCGCAUCUUGGGCGGCGCGGGGGCGUGAGCCAUCGCGGUCGCUCCCCGACCACGGCGCCCCCCGCCCUCGGGCUGAGUCGCAUGCAUGAGUCACUUGCUUUUGACAGUAGUCGGGCUCGAUUAGAUCGGGACACAGUACCGUCGGCAACUCGGCAUCUGACUCACUGGCCCAGUGUGUGUGCACGGCGCAGAGCGCACAUACUAUGUACUUUUUAUGUACAACAACGACUAUGGACAAGAUAC